CGUAUCCUGACACCACCGUAACCGCACGAAGACCACCAGCGUUACAAGUUAUUUUUUUACAUUUUCGAGCUCGAACACACUUUUCGAUCAGUUUUAAAACAGUCUGCAGAGCGAUCGCAACAUCUCUCCAACGAUCUCUUCAAUAUAUGCUCGUCAUUUACACUAAUGGUGUUAAAACAUGAGAUAGGCAUGGCUACAUGCAUAACAGAUAAGUGUGUGUAGUGCAAUAUGCAGCGCAAAAAAUUCCAAACAAAGUCGCGGUAUUACUGCAAGCGACUUAUUGAUGGUAGAAUCACCAGUUGGACAGAACUGGAUCGCGCCAACAGCAUAUAUGAACUUCAACGGAACGCCACAGACCGGGAGGAUACUCCCACAUACCCCGCGUAUUCGCUGGGGUAUUUUGACAUCUACGAGGAGGAGCCAGACAAUUUCGACAAUAUCCAAUUAAUUGGAUAUAUUGAUAGCGUAGAUGUUCAGUAUUUACGCCAUCACCGCCGCAUCAACCGCGAGCUAAAUGAGCAAAAUUGGGAUCGCAUAGAUAUCGGCGAUUACUGGGCUUUGAACAUCUUAUUUGGGGAGCAGCCAUAUGAGGAGGAGAAGGAGCAGUAGGA